UCUGUUUGUUACAAGCCUACCAGCCCAGUCCAGGUACUGGAAGACGCUGGCUUUCUUUACCAGGAUCACCAGUUGUUUGCUGGCAGGCAUGAAGUUUCUCCGCUAACAGCUGAAGCAAUCAGUGCCAAAGAAAAAGCUGCCGAGGAGGCCCUCUGCACCCUGCGCCCACCCAGCUUCCGCCGGGUCCCAGAGGCAGAGAUGCGAGGGGCGGAGGAGGUGGCAGCCGGCACCGUCCUGCAGCGCCUGAUCCAGGAGCGGCUGAGGUAUGGCAACCCCAGCGAGAACAUGAACCUGCUGGCCAUACAGCACCAGGCGACGGGCAGCGCCGGCCCCUCCAACAGCACUGCCAGCACUCUCUCUUCCGCAGAAAACCUCGUGCCCGAAGAGCCGCCAAUGGUCCAGCCGUCGGGGCGGCAGGAACCACAGGGGCAGGAGCACCAGGGGGACGGUGCUGCGAUGGAGAAGCAGCCCCGGGCCCCGCAGCCCCCGCACGGCACCGAGGAGCUCCCCACCUACGAGGAGGCCAAGGCCCAGUCUCAGUUUUUCCGAGGCCAGCCGCCGGCCGCUGCCGCCGCGCCGGCUUUCUAUGGCGCGUCCGGCCAGAAGUCCAGGACGGAGGGGAGGCCGACGGUGAACCGGGCCAACAGCGGGCAGGCACAUAAGGACGAGGCGCUGAAGGAGCUGAAGCAGGGCCACGUCCGCUCGCUGAGCGAGAGGAUCAUGCAGCUCUCGCUGGAGAGGAAUGGGGCCAAGCAGCACCCCCCGGCCCCAGCGGGCGGGAAGGGCUUCAAGGCAGCCCCGCCACCCGGCAAGGCCACGGACCCGCGGGGCCCGCCGCCCGAGUACCCCUACAAAGGCAAGGCGGCGGCCCCCAGCAGCAAGGCACAGGAGCACGGGCUCUUCUAUGGCGAGCAGCCGGCGCAGGAUGUCCUCAAGGCCUCCUACGCCGCCCCCCAGCCCGCCCGGGCGGAGGUGGCCCUCGUCCGCUACCAGCCGCCCCCGGAGUACGGGGUCAGCAGCCGACAAUGCCAGCCGCCCUUCCCGCCGCCCCCGGCCCAGCAGCACAGCCCCAUGUCCUCGCAGGCCACCGCCGCCACCGGCCCUCCGCUGCCGGGCCCCUUGCCCCCGCUGCCAGCCCCCGCCGCUACCCAGCCACCGACAUCGACGCCACCGGGCCAGCAGCUGACACCCGACGCCUUCGCCAUCGUGGAGCGGGCGCAGCAGAUGGUGGAGAUGCUCUCCGAGGAGAACCACAUGCUGCGGCAGGAGCUGGAGGGGUACUACGAGAAGGCAGACAAGCUGCAGAAGUUUGAAAUAGAGAUUCAGAGGAUUUCAGAAGCUUAUGAGGGCUUGGUCAAGACCACCACUAAGAGGGAGUCUCUGGACAAAGCAAUGAGAAACAAACUUGAAGGAGAAAUUAGGAGACUUCAUGACUUCAACAGGGAUCUCCGUGAACGACUGGAGACAGCCAAUAGGCAGCUAGCCAGCAGAGACUUCGAUGGGCAUGAAGAUAAGUCAACAGAGGGCCUUUAUGUCACUCAGAACAAGGAGCACUUGAAGGAGAAGGAGAAGUUGGAGAUGGAGCUGGCAGCUGUGCGCUCUGCCAAUGAGGACCAGCGGAGGCACAUCGAAAUCCUCGACCAGGCCCUAAACAACGCGCAAGCCAAGGUCAUCAAACUGGAAGAGGAGCUGCGCAGGAAGCAGGCCUAUGUGGAGAAGGUGGAGAAGCUGCAGCAGGCGCUGACACAGCUGCAGGCAGCCUGCGAGAAGAGGGAGCAGAUGGAGCGGCGGCUGCGCACACGGCUGGAGCGGGAGCUGGACUCACUGCGGAUGCAGCAGAGGCAGGGCAGCUACCAGGUGAGCAGCCUCCCGGAGCACAAUGCUCCGGCCCUGAUGGAGCUGGUGCGGGAGAAGGAGGAGAGGAUCCUGGCCCUUGAAGCCGACAUGACCAAGUGGGAGCAGAAGUACCUGGAGGAGAGUACCAUCAGGCACUUUGCCAUGAAUGCCGCAGCCACCGCUACAACGGAGAGGGAUGCCUUGGCCCCGGCCCACUCACGCAACGGCAGCUACAGCGAGAGCGCGCUGGAGGUGCGGGGCUGGCAGGAGGAGGAGGAGAUCGUGCAAGCCAACCGGCGGUGCCAGGACAUGGAGUACACAAUAAAGAAUCUCCAUGCAAAAAUAAUUGAGAAGGAUGCCAUGAUCAAGGUCCUUCAGCAACGGUCACGGAAGGACGCCGGGAAAGCUGACAGUGCCAGCCUGCGACCAGCCCGGUCCGUCCCCUCCAUUGCUGCUGCUACGGGUGCUCAUUCACGCCAGACCUCACUCACCAGCAACCAGAUAGCUGAGGAGAAGAAGGAAGAGAAGGUCUGGAAGGGAAGCAUAGGGCUGCUUUUGGGGAAGGAGCACCACGACCACCCAUCAGGACCCUCGCUGCCUCCUCCGCUGCCCUCCUUGUCCUGCAUGCCCAUCCCGGCACCGGCGGCCUCCCACACAAAGACAGGCAGCAAAGACAGCAGCACCCAGACAGACAAAAGUGCCGAGCUCUUCUGGCCUGCCGCUGCCUCCUUCCCUGGCCGUGGACGGCUGGGUACCACCCCAUCACACAGCCCGGCCCCACGGCCCCCGGGGACAAGAGCGACCAGCGAGAAACUGGAGAACUCAAGCCAUGGGAAGCUGCCCGACAGCAAAGGCAGAGUGAGCAGCUUGCUCCACAAGCCUGAGUUUCCAGAUACGGACAUGAUGGAAGUCCUCAUCUGAGCAGAGGAUGGCAUCUCUGGGGUUU